AAAAAAAAAAAAAAAACCAACUUUCCAAAUUUCUUAUUGGAUUUUGUUCUCUCUAAAACAUUAGUGAUUUUGUCGUUUCUCAUUUGAGUGUUCUUUUGAAACUUCUCAGUCUCAGAUCUCUCAAGCUUUGUGACAAUGAAGGUGGUGGUGCUGAAAAUCGAUUACUAUGACGAGAAAUGCCAGAAGAAAGUCAUGAAGACAGUCUCUGGUCAUUCAGGUGUUGUGUCGAUUGCGUUGGACACGAAGGACAAGAAAUUGACAGUGACAGGGGACAUAGAUCCGGUGAGUUUAGUGAGCAAAUUACGGAAGCUUUGCAACACGGAGAUUGUUUCGGUGGGAGCUCCAAAAGCAGCGGAGAAGAAGGAAGAGCCCAAGAAAGAAGCGGCCAAGAAAGAAGAACCAAAGAAAGAUCAAAAGGCUGAAGAUUUGCAGAAGCUGUGGCAGCAGGCAUACCUGCAGCAGGCCUACAAGUAUCCUCCGCAUUAUUACACCAGAACCGUAGAGGAAGAUCCUAAUGCUUGUGUCAUCUGCUAAGUUUAAGAUUUAGAAUAAGUUAGAAGAUAAGCCAUGGAAAAAGAAAUAUUGUACUUUUAAUUUUUUAUUUUUUAUUUUAUCCUAAAGAUCUUCGUUUACUGCUAUGUCACGGGUGUUUUUUUUUUUAGUAUGUACAAUGUCUGUACAGUACUAAGUAUUGCCAGUUGCUGAGUUGCACUUCAACGUGUGUUUUUAUUUUUAUUUAUUUUUUAAUAUGAAUCAAAAUAAUACUAGCAAUCCGUUUAAUCAAA